CAUCCUGUUACAAACAAAACUCGCCACACGAUGUAACGAAUAUUCUCCGAAUCAACACCAAGCAAAUUGUGAUUGACACCGAGCACAACCAAUACGUCGUAGUACCGGCUAUAUUGCCUAAGCUUGCAAAGAAGUGUUUUAAUUGCAAUCAUAUAAUUUUAAGUACUCAUAUCUUGUUAACCUAGAUUGCCUGUAUUAUCUUGCUCAACCCUCCCAACUGACAAAACCAAUAAAUAUUUACAGAAAACGUUCAAACUUCCCUUUCUUCUUGACAGCAGAUGAAGGCCAUAAAAUAAAACACAAAGAUACAAAGAACGUUCACAACUCAAGUAAAGUAAAAGUGAGGCAGAAAGUUAAAUACAACGAGGUAAACCCUUCCACUUUCUUAAAAGAGUACUCGUUCAGCACAAAAGAUUGUUGGUCGACUUUUUAAACCCUGACAUGCGCAGUAAGUGUCUUGUCACGCUACUGCUGGUAGCCUUGAUCGUCAUGGAUCACGUGACCGACUCCAUGGCCUGGCGAAGGCGAAGACGAAGGCGAUGCAGUACACCGAGUACAAGUGGGGGGAACUGGGUCAACUAUUACGACAACCGCGCUACUUUCUCCUGCCCUUCGGGGCAGUCCGUGUACAAGAUCCAAAGCCAGUACAGCACUUGCCACAAUGACCGCGUGUGGAAGUACAAAUGCAGGUCCAACCCUGCACUGCAGCGGGACUCUUACUGCAGCUGGUCAGACUGGGUGAAUGACUAUGACAACCAAAUGGUCAUCUUCCACUGCCCACUCAGCGGGUUUAUCACGGGAUUUGACAGUUACCAUAGCAACAGCUACCAUGACAGGAAGUUCCGGUUCAGGUGUUGCAAUGACUUCCACUACUUCAAGCGCUACCAGUGCACCAUCACCAGCUACCAAAGCAGCUGGCGGAGCAAGUUCAGCUUCUCCGUUCCGAGUGGGUAUUACCUGAGUGGACUGACAAGCGUAAACAACAACUACUACGAGGACCGUCGCUGGAAGUACGAGUAUUGCAAAACGACCGCGAAGCAGCAUGGGUAAUGGUGACUGGUCAGCGAUGGCUUGCUUGAAUACAGAGAAAAAUGAGAAUACAGAAAAAAUGAUUUAAGUAAAACUUGCUGCUGUUUAAAAACAGCUAACGGAAAACUCUCCUAACACUAAACCAUUUAAAAAUUGUUAGUUUUCAUGACACUAAGCCACGAGCUAGAACCUCUUAUUGACAAUGUCCUUCUGUUUGCUUGGAGUCUGAUUUCUUGUUAUAAUUAAAGGAUUUGAUGAUGAAUAAAAAUAAAGCAUUGAACUAUG